GAGCUGCCUCAAAGAGAACUGCUGCACCUAACAACGUACACCUCAUAAACGAGUCUUCAUAAAGGAUUCAGGGCCUGACAGGAGAUCUACUGAAACUCAAUGAACUAGGACAAACCUGAGCACUUCCUGCACCACUGAGCACUGUUGCAAUAACAGGAAUGCUGCCCGAGUCUGCACCGUGUCUGGAAACUAGCUAUACCGUCAAAAUGCUGGCAGUAGUCAAGCAAUGGGAUGAGGCAUCUGGCUGCUAUACAGACAACACUGACAAGUAUCUGAUACUCAUGCUUUUCAAGUUGGGAAUGGACGCAGUGGUCUUUUACUUAUGCUACCGGAAGCUGAAUACCUCCUUUUUAAGCAUUUGCAGCCUGUCCAUCAUCUUGGCUGAUUUGGUGAUGGUGUUUUUUACAGCAAGCGUGUUGUUUCUUGGGCCUGAAAGGUAUCUUGUGUCACUCUGCUUCUUCUUGGCCAAUGCCUCAGCGACAUAUGGAGCAAUCCCGCUGCCCAUUAUGUGUCUAGGUUUAUUGGACUACUGUUUAGAAGAUACCUCCCUCGGCAACCAGAGCGCCUUGUGCAAAUUCCUAAGGAAUGUGGUUUUGACAUUGCUGGUGUGGAUGCUAGCUGUUAUUAACCCCUUUGGUUCUGUCAAUUCUGAUCUGAUAGAAGUGGAUUAUAAGAAAGGGAUAACGUUUAUAGUGUGUGAAGUAGAGGAGUCUACACUGCUUACCUACAUGAUUUUGGGGCUUUCCACAGUGGUAAUUUGUAUAAUGCUCCCCUUUUGGUCAAUGAUUCCCCAGUGGAUGAAAAAGGCUGAGAGGUUAUCUGAUGCGAGCAAAGAACGAGUCAACCCGAGAAAGAUGUUGUUUACCUCAAACAACUGCACAGAGACAAAAAUUGGCGAGAAUUACCUGGAGGAUAAUUACCUGGAGGAGACAAUCCAACCGUGCCCGCCUCUGUGGGCAAGCCUUACACUGAGCUUUGGUGCAUUUUGGAUGCCUUAUCUCGCUGUGUCUGUGGCCUGUCUGAUCUUUGGCUUUGGAGUACCUUCCUACAUCACUGUUAACGUUCUGUGGUUGGAGUGCACCAACAGUUUCCUGACGGGUUUGGUGUUCUGGACAAAGAGCAAUGGGCAAGGACCAUACAGCCGGCUCCCAGAAAACGUGUGCUUGUGGCACGUUUACUGGCAUUUGAGCAAAGGAACAGGACAGCAGCAACUCCCUAUAGAUGGGUUUAACCCAUCAAAAGGAAAGAGAAAAACUCUUCUCGAUGUGUAAUAGAAAAAGAGGCCAACAAUAACCCUAACCUACGGUGGCCGGGAAGUGCAAUGCAACAUUACAAAGAAUGAAACACUUUUACAAAG